AUGUCGGGUUACGAAGUCGAACACGAUAAUGCUACCGGAGUUGAGCACGCGCAGAAACAAGAAGCCCGCCGUCGACCAGACCUGAGCACAUUCUUCAGCACAUUAGACGUCGUUGAUACUUCUGGCUCUCGGCGACCUCAAAAUGCCAACUCUUUGCCGCUCCCGCAGGAUGUAUCCGCUGCAUUUCGGACCCUCGCAAACGCCUUCUCCAUGAUGCGUGGCCCCGAGACAGACCGAUCCGCCGACUCCAAUUCCGAGCUGAUUGGCAGCUUGAUUGAAUCCCUCAUGGCAAGCGCAGAUCACCCUCCCUCGCACGUCGAAGGUGUUCCGGACGAGUUCAUCGAACAGCUGGAAAGAGUGCCAAAGAAGACAUUAGAGAAAACACCAGAUACGUCCUGUCCCAUAUGUGCUCAGAACUUCCUCGACGACCGUCAUCCACUGGUGGUGAGAUUACCUUGUCACAAGGACCAUCUCUUCGACCUGGAGUGUAUACAGCCGUGGCUGAAGCUUCAUGUCACAUGCCCACUUUGUCGGUUGGAGUUGAUCAAGAAGCAAGAGCCGCCGCCGAAGGACGAAGAGGAGGAGGAGUUUGAUGAUAUGUAUGCUUGA